UACUUUAUCUCGCCCGCCACCAACACUUUCUCGCUCCUCUCUCUUUCCCCCUCGUCUGAUUCUCUCUCUAGAAUUUCCCUAGGGUUUAAUUUUCCUCUGAGUUCGCUGACUCUAACUCAGAAUCCUUCGCUCUCAAAAUGGGUUCGCUGCCCGAUCCCGGCGAGUUGACUCAUCCUCCGCCGCCGCCUCCGAGUUUCGACGAGUUUCAGCGCCAGACCUCGCUGAUGACGAGCUGCACUCUGCUCUGGAAGGAACUCUCCGAUCAUUUCUCCUCUCUGGAACAAGACCUUAUCAAGAAGUCCGAUGCUCUCAAGGCGAAGUUCCAGGCCUUGAACAACGAGACUCAGCAGUCUCUGCAAGCUCUCGACACUCGCGAGUCCUCCAUUUCUAAAUCCAUGUCGAUUGUUUUAGAGAGCCUGGAGAAAACGACAAAAAUGUCUAUCUCAUUGGCGGCUCCGGGUGCUGAGAGCCAAACUGAGGAGCCGGAAGUUGAUGAUUCGGAAGGUUUGUUGAUGAAAUUGAAAAGCUUUUGCCACAAGAUGGCGGCUAAAGAGUUCUGGGUCUUCGUUACCGCUCGGAAGAAGGAACUUGAGUUGUUCAGAUCGGAGUUGCCGAAAGCCUUGGCUGAUUGUGUCGAUCCACCGAGAUUUGUUUUGGAAGCGAUCUCCGAGGUUUUUCCUCUCCCGAGCAGUAACAGUACUAGUAAUAGUUCCGAUUUGGGAUGGGCCUGCGUGUUGUUGUUGGAGUCUUUGAUUCCGGUGAUGGUGGAUCCUGUAUUGGGCAAGGAGAGGAUGCUUGUGACUCCGAGCAUUAAGGGAAGGGCGGAGGAGAUAGCAGAAACGUGGAAGAAGAGCUUGGAGGAGAGGGGUGGUAUAGAGAAUGUGAAGACACCUGAUGUGCAUACCUUCUUGCAGCAUUUGGUGACUUUUGGAAUUGUUAAGGAGGAGGAUGUGGAUUUGUAUAGAAAGCUCGUGGUGGCGUCCGCGUGGAGGAAACAGAUGCCCAAGCUUGCUGUUUCGCUUGGCCUUGGCGAUAAGAUGCCCGAUAUGAUUGAAGAAUUGAUUGGAAGGGGACAACAAGUUGAUGCUGUACAUUUUACAUAUGAAGUUGGUCUCGCUGAUAAAUUCCCCCCUGUUCCACUUCUGAAGGCUUUUCUGAAGGAUGCUAAAAAGGCUGCUACAUCAAUCUUGGAGGAUCCUAACAAUUCAGGCCGUGCUGCGCACAUGGCUGCCAAGAAAGAGCAAUCAGCUAUUCGUGCUGUUCUCAAGUGCAUUGAAGAAUACAAACUCGAGGCUGAGUUCCCACCAGAAAACCUUAAGAAACGCCUUGAACAAUUAGAGAAGGCCAAAAUUGAGAAGAAAAAGCCAGCAAGCCCAGCUGCUAAAAGAACCCGUGCUAGCAACGGAGGCCCUAUGCCCCCUGCCAAAGCAGGCCGUUCAACAAAUGCCUAUGUCUCGUCUUUCCCAUCUCCUCCAACAUAUGUGAGGUCUCCUUCACACACCCAGUACCCCGCUCCCGUCCCAGCAUACCCAGCUGUUCCUGCUGUUUACGGGCACGGAAGCAGGAGUCCCCCUUAUGCUUACACUGAAGCUCCCCCACCGGCCAUCGUUGGAUCUUACCCUGUUUCUCCGGUUAACUUUCCGGCUUAUGGAGGAUACAACAAUGGGAUGGCACCUGCUUACCAGCAACCUUACUACUGAUCUGAUCAACGACAUGACUGGGCUCUUGGAGAAGGUGACUACUGAUAUCAUGACUCAAAAUCCAAAAUGUCAUUUUAAUGGUCUGUAAUCACUAACCUUUAAUGGUAGCUUUUUAUCUGUGUGUUAAUCCUUUAAUUACUGACCUUGACAAGGGCAGGCUGUAUUUCUGGUUGUUGAAAACUUGUAGUAGUACUAGGUGGUUGUGAAAAGUAAUUAAAAAAAAGAACGGCAACGACUCGCACUAAUGCUAGGAUCAAUGGUGGCAUUUAGAUGGCUAUUCUGCAUAAUCUCAUUCUCUUCUUGGGUUUCCAUA